AUGGCCAAGAUAGGAACCUCUUUUUCUGAUGACUUAACUGUUGAAAAGUAUUACGGACAGCGUCAUCGGUUAUGGUCACGUUUUGAUGAAGGUGUAUGGAUGACAAAGAGAGGAUGGUUUGAGGUAACACCUGAAAAUAUAGCGCGGUCUUCUAGUAAGAUUCAUCAGACUCUCAAGAAAAGGGGUUCUGUUCUUGAAUUAUUCUGUGGAUGUGGUGGUGAUACUGUUCAACUUGCACGAGUUUACGAUAAGGUUAUAGCUGUUGAUAUAGAUAUUGAUGCAAUUGAAGCAGCAAAACAUAAUGUAGCUGUCUAUGGAGUUUCUGACCGUGUUUCUUUUAUUUGUAGUGAUAUUCGUUCUCUAAAAGUAGAGGAUUUCUCUGUUGACGCAGUACACUGUUCUCCACCAUGGGGUGGAGAAAUGUAUUGCGCUGGUCCUUUCUUUGAUAUAGAUAAAUCCUUAGAGGAAACUAUAGGAAUGAAAUUUUCCAAACUUUUUGAGUUUAUUCUAGGUUUUUCAAAAAAUAUAACAAUGUUUUUGCCUCGGAAUAUCCUACUGUAUUCGCUUAUUCCAUGUGGUUUUAAGGGCAAUUUUGAAGUUGUAAGACAUUAUGUUAAUGAGAGGUGCAAGGCUCUGACGGUAGUUUGGGGUGAUCUGGUUGAUUGUUCUUCACUGAAAGAUCCUCUAGUACCUCAAUACAUACUAAAAGAUAAAGUUCUUCCUCGUUUGGAGAAACGUGCACGUGGGUCUUAA